CAUGGUCCGUUUCUAUAUGUGAAUGGUGCAAAUCCAGUCUUUACAAUUUAUUUCAGAUAGUGAGGUUAUACAACGUGAACGGUUUCCCAUAUUUGUUACUUAAAUUAUUACCUUGUUGUCUCGAGAUAAAAUGGCUACCGCUACCUCUGCUGCUGUAAAAAGACUAAUUCCACUCUUUGAUAGAGUGUUGAUUCAAAAAGCAGAAGCUAUAACAAAAACAAAAGGUGGGAUUGUGCUACCAGAAAAAGCACAGGCUAAAGUUCUCAAGGGCACAGUCGUGGCCGUAGGACCGGGUUCUAAAAAUGAUAAAGGAGAACAUCUACCGUUGACCAUUAAAGUUGGAGACACCGUCUUACUACCUGAAUAUGGAGGCACAAAAGUAACUUUGGAUGAAGAAAAAGAAUUGCACCUCUUUCGUGAAUCUGACAUUUUGGCAAAGUUGGAAUCAUAAUUUAAGUUUCUUGUGUUAAGAGCAAAAGAGUACGAUGUUAGUGAGCUAACAAAUUUCACAGCUUUACAAUCUCUUUAAAGUAUGCUUGAGACUAUUAUAUCUUAUCUCAUUAGCAGUAUAGACAUGUAGCAUCUUGAAACUAUUUGUUAUACUUAUGUUUUACAAAUAAAUUAACGAAAUUCAUUCAUUUAUAGACAAA